CGUUGUGUGUUGGUCAGCGCUACUGUACUUGUGUCCUCCAUUACGGCCUUGUGGGGAGCCGAGGCACUAUUACCCGGCGAGGGGACGGCUCGGUGAUGGAUGAGGAAGACGCAGCUGCGGCCAGGACGCACGGAAGCCGCAAAGCAGGCAUGGCCAGUGUCAUUGCUUCUGGGAGUCAUUUUGGCGACCACGGGCAUAUGUGUAGCCAACCCUCUGACCUCAUAUCUGUCACCACUCUCCCACCUCAUCACACUCCCCGAACUCCUCUCCUGGCCUGAACCUCUCCCAGAUGCCCAUAACAACUACACUUCUGCCCACGCGCACCCAUCCCGCUACGCCUAUCUGCUUAACGGGUAUGGCGAUGGUCUUGAGGGCGCAGUAUUUGAUGACGCGGUGGAGCUCCUCUUCAGCACGUUUGGGGAGACACUUGAAGAAUCGAGGAGGUUCGACCGUUCUCAUGACUACAAUACCCACGGUGGCUAUGAGGCGCCAGGGGACUUCGGCAGCAAGGGUGGCUACGGGAGUGGGGGCUACGGGACGGGCGGCUACGGGCAGAACGAUGUGUAUCAGAAGGACAAGACCUGCGUCGAGAUCUACGGCCUGGCCCACAGCAGCACCUUCUGCCUCAACGUCUUCGCGGCUCUGUCAGUGGUGGGCGUCGCGCUCCUCCUGCAGUUCCUCUUCUUCUUCGCCCUUGAAGUGUUCUGCCCUGACCUGCAUCAGAAAGGCGACAGUGAUGGAUUGGAUGACGUUCUCGGAAGCUUGGGGGGUUUGCUGGCCCUCCUGAGUGCCGGCAACGCGAGCAGUCUGUUCAGCAUCGACAACUCCAACACUGUGACGGUGGACGCGGUGGGCGGUGACAUGAUGAAGACCGGCCAGGGGAACUCCGGGAUGAACAUGACCAUGGGAGGGGGUGGCGGGAAUUCUGGUGAACACGGUGGUGAUGGGAGUAAUGGUGGUGGUGUUCUAGAGGGCUGUGGUAAAGUUAUUCUUAUUACUAAAAUGGGAAUUGGCAGUGAUGAAGAUCUACCACGAGUCAGGCAAGGUCUGGGUAAUCCUUCUGGCUCUAGUGAUCCUUCGGCUUCUGGUAAUCCUUCUGGUUCUGGUAAUCCUUCUGGUUCUGGUAAUCCUUCUGGUUCUGCUACUCCUUCUGGUUCUGGUGAUCCUUCUGGUUCUGUCUUCUGGUUCUCCUGGUCCUCCUGGUCCUCCUGGUCCUCCUGGUCCUUCUGGUCCUACUGGUCCUCCUGGUCCUCCUGGUCCUUCUGGUCCUUCUGGUCCUUCUGGUCCUACUGGUCCUCCUGGUCCUUCUGGUCCUUCUGGUCCUACUGGUCCUCCUGGUCCUUCUGGUCCUUCUGGUCCUACUGGUCCUCCUGGUCCUUCUGGUCCUUCUGGUCCUACUGGUCCUCCUGGUCCUCCUGGUCCUUCUGGUCCUUCUGGUCCUACUGGUCCUCCUGGUCCUUCUGGUCCUACUGGUCCUUCUGGUCCUUCUGGUCCUACUGGUCCUCCCGGUCCUCCUGGUCCUCCUGGUCCUCCGCAAAUGCCUGA